AUGUUAACAAGUUAUAUGAAUACAAGAAAGCCAACAGUAUUUAAUUGUCGAAUCAGUAGCAGUAGUAGUAACAGUAAUGAAGAUAAAAGUCUUGAUAAUAACUGUAGUAACCAUUCAGCAACAAAUAUUAUGGCACAGUUUGUGUGUAGUCGGUCGAAAUCUAUUCAACAUGCCAGUAAUAACAAUACUGGUACCACUUCUAUUAAUACUAAUACUACUGCUACUCCUAAUAAUUCUAAUCAUAACAGUGUCGUCGGAGAUGGUAUGAACAAAUUUAAUAACACUUUAAAUAAUCAUGUCCUGAUGUCAGACCCAUUUGUUGACACUACCACUUCUACUACUCACACUAUUAAUCAUAUUAAUAAGGACUUUGGCAUAAAAAACAUUUUAACGGAGCGGAAUAUAUUUGAUAAAUUUUUAAGUUGUUUUCGCCCAUUUAUUUAUCUUAUCCAAAAACAGAAGUCCUUUCCCUCAUCAGAUCAAGACUUACCAUGGGAAGUCCCAUUUGAAUCAGUGACCGAUUUAGUAUGGAUCGGGUCUGGUGCACAAGGUGUGGUUUUUCGUGGUUGUUUUCGUGAUGAAUUGAUCGCUGUGAAAAAAGUUAAUAAACAGUCUGACACAGAUAUUCGUCAUUUACGUUAUUUAAACCAUCCGAACGUUAUUAAAUUCAAAGGAGUUUGUGUGGAACAACCGUGUUACUGUAUACUUAUGGAAUAUUGUCCAUAUGGUCAGUUGUAUGAAAUAAUACACUCAGGCAACCCUAUAUCACCAUCUUUGAUUUGUUCAUGGGUUAAACAGAUCGCCAAUGGAAUGCAUUAUUUACAUUCAUGUAAAAUAAUUCACAGAGAUCUCAAAUCACCAAAUGUUUUAAUCGGUUAUAAUCACGUAUUAAAAAUAUCCGAUUUUGGUGCAUCUCGUGAAUGGACAGAGAAUUCUACUAAAAUGUCAUUUACUGGCACUGUAGCUUGGAUGGCACCUGAAGUAAUACGUAAUGAACCUUGUUCAUUUAAAGUUGAUGUAUGGUCUUAUGGUGUACUUUUAUGGGAGUUAUUAACCGGUGAAAUUCCAUAUCAUAAUGUUGAUUCAACUGCGAUUCUAUGGGGUGUUGGCAGCGAAAAUCUUCGUUUACCAGUUCCAGUGACAUGUCCUUCAGAAUUACGUGUACUUAUGAAAACAUGUUGGAAUAUCAAGCCAAGGAAUCGUCCCAGUUUUCGUCAAAUUCUAUCGCAUUUAAAUGUAACCUGUUCACGUUUACUACAGUACACUGAUGAUGAAUUCAUUUCAUUGCGUCAACUAUGGAAAGAAGAAAUCACUGUUUACCUUCAAGAUAUUCGACUUGAAGGUCAGUGUACACCAAAACUUGAAGUGAUGUUAAUUCGUCGUCGACGUGAAGAAUUAUGUCAUGCACAAGAUAUUCGACGUUGUUAUGAUGAUAAACGUGAAAGAGCUAAUGAAUUAUAUAUGGAAUUGAAAAUAUUAUUAGCUGAAUGCGAAGAAGAAAAACGUAAAGCUCAACGAGAACGUUUACACUAUGAAUCGCUUAUUCAAGAGCUCAAUACUAAUCGAAAACAACAAAAUGAAUUAAAUCAACAAAAAUGUUCAACUGAAGAGAAAAAAUUUGUUGACAAUGAAAAAUUUCAAUAUUUCAAUGAUAUAGAAAAUACAAAUGAUUGUAUUACUACUCAUUCAAAUAAACAACAAUUUCCUUUUUCAACUUUGUCAACAUUUUCAUUAGGACGUAAAUUAAGUGAUUUCUAUUAUCGUCGACGUAAUGAUUUCAAAUUUACUAAAUCUAUUUUACAAUCAUCAUUAUUAUUACCAUUAUCUAUUGGGAAUAAUAAUACACAUUCAUCUAUUCAUACUACUGAUAUCAUUCAUAAAAGUAAUAUAAAUAGAUUGGAAUUAUUAAAAAAUCAUCAUUAUUAUUUUACAAUACCAAAUAGCUUAGAACAAUUUAAUGAGAUUUAUUAUUUAGGUUAUCUUAUAUAUAACAAUUUAUUUAAUAAUACUACUACUAAUAAUAAUAUUAGUAGUAGUUGUAGUUCACGAGUUAAUAAAAAACAAAAAUGUCCAUUUUGUGGUAAUCUCUAUUCAUCAUUAAUAAAUAAUAUGGAAUUUUUAAAAUCCUACCAUCAUCAUCAUCAUCGUAAUAAUCAUCAUCUACGUAGAGCAUUAACAUUAUCAAUGUUAGAAUAUAAAUUAAAAGAUCAACAAUUAACCGAUUCAUCUAUGAUUUAUAAUGAAUUAUACAAUACUACUAAUGAUAAUAAUAAUAAUAAUAAUAAUAAUAAUAAUAAUAAUAAUAGUAAUAUACAACCAAGUUCACUUCUACAUAAUACUAAAAAACAAUUCGCCAGUACAAAUAGUUUGCAUCAACUUGUAAAUGUCCCUUCUCCUCCACCACCGCCAGCAUAUGACUCUGUAAUAACAACUGACAAUCAAGUCGUACGAGGAGGUCAUCAUCAAUAUGUACCAGAACAAACCAUGGUAAGAUCGAAUUUCACUCAAAUAAGUGAUAUUCACAACAAAAACAAUAAUAACGGUAGUCAAACAUUCUGUAAUCAUCAUGAUCAUCGAACUGAUGUCACUUCUUCACCUUCAUCGGUAAAAUCUGUACAUCAUCAGUUAAAAGAUACUGUGAAAAUUACCUGUAGUCGUACAACCGAUAUCACCACCACGUACACUACUACUACUACUUCUAAUUUGAAGGGCAACGAUAAUUCAACCAAUAAUUCCGACAAGAUUCAAUUCGAUGUAAUGUUAAAUCCAACCAUAAAUGAAAAUAAGAAAACAAUGACAAAUGAUAAUGAAAUGUUGUUUAAAACCGGUUUAUCAAAAACAACAAUUAAGAUUGACAAUGAAGAAUCCAAAGAAGAUAAAAUGGCUGGAAUUCAUGUUAAUGUGAUAAAUUGGCUUAAUCCUGCAAACAAUUCAAUAAAUGUUCAUCAAUCAUCAAAUGUAAAUAAUUUAACAUCGAAAUAUUAUCCAACCAAUUAUCGAUUAAAACGUUCUAUUAGUCAAGAUUCUUUAUUAUGUUACUUAAAAAAAUUACAAUCAAUAAAAAAUAUCAAUGAAAAAUAUACUAAUAUCAAUACUACUCAUAACGAUAAUAAUAAUACUACUGAUAAAGAUAAUCAUACUACUGAUAAUGAUGAUCAUAAUAAUACUACUAUUAAAUCAUUAAAAAAUCAAUUUCCUCUGAUCAAUAAAAAAUUCUCUUCAUGUAUAUCAAUAUUUUCAUUAAUCAAUUAUUAUAAAUCAUCACAAUUAUCAUAUUUAACAAGUUUUAAAGAAUUCUCUAAUAAUCAUAUUUAUCAUCAAUUGAAAGUAAUGAAUGAACGGGAUUAUUUUAAAGCAAAUAUAAUUCAUAAAUCUUUUAUACAUUCUUAUCAACCUCAACAACUAUCUUCAAAUGAUGAAAGGUAA